AUGCCGCAGCCUGCCGCCAGCCAGCCGGAAAACCCACCCCUGCAUAGACCAUUAAGCUUUGAGCAGAUACCGCGCGGCUCUGAGACUAUCAAUGUCUCGUCUGGAGAACGCCCGACUGGUUCUGGAGCUCAUGCACCGCUUCCUCUAAACGUUUCUCCGCCGAGCACCCGGCAGCAGCCAGAGCACCACAUACCUUCGCAUCUACUCGGGCCUUCUAGUGGCGAACAUACAACGGGAGCAGACCCUAAUUAUGGCCCCUAUCAGGGUAGCCAGCUUUCGAGGAUUCAAGAACAGGAACUCGGCUUCUCCCUUGCACCUUCUGCACCACCACCUACAGCUCCCAUUGGUGCUACUGGGAACCGAAACCAGUCAGUGGGUUCGUAUGACUCGCUUUUCCUCCCAAGAGGCCCUACGGAUAGCUAUGAAGCUUCCCGGACGGGGACGCUGAUAAGCCAGAAUUAUGCAUUCAACCCGAACCAGCAGCCUGAGAUCGAGCCGCCAACACGACACUCAACCAUCGAUUCGCAGCAAGCCUACUUCUCUGACUUUGCCGGCCACCAGCAAGAGCCCAGGAGAGAUAGUUAUGGACAGAACCUUCAAAGAUAUUCUCAAAUGGAACCAUUCUCUCCAACUGCGAACAUACCUCCUGCUCCAAUGCCACUGUCAGCCAUGCCUGGCGGAGCUGCCGUCAACCAUCUUCUUCCUCUCGAGCCCCGAGAUAUCCCAUUUGAUGUUCAAGACCCUCAUAAUCCCAAUCUGCCAAUGUCAAGCUUCGAUAAUAUCCCAACUGUUCUCAGACAUCGUGCCCGCAUGCUGCCAAAACAGCCGGCGUAUUGGGUUCUUGAUCAGCGUGGCAAGGAAAUUGCAUCAAUUACUUGGGAGAAACUAGGUAGUCGAGCAGAAAAGGUCGCUCAAGUUAUAAGAGACAAAAGCAAUCUAUACAGAGGAGAUAGGGUUGCCCUGGUCUAUAGGGACAGUGAGCUCAUCGAGUUCGCCGUGGCGCUAAUGGGAUGCUUUAUUGCCGGCGUUGUCGCGGUCCCCAUCAAUAAUCUGGAAGACUAUGCGAGCCUAAACGUUAUCCUUACCUCGACGCAAGCUCAUCUCGCUUUGACGACAGAGAAUAACCUGAAGACAUUCCAGAGAGAUAUCACUACCCAAAAACUCAACUGGCCAAGAGGUGUAGAGUGGUGGAAGACAAAUGAGUUUGGCAGCUAUCAUCCGAAGAAGAAAGAUGAUAUUCCAGCACUCGUCGUCCCUGACCUGGCCUACAUUGAGUUCUCUCGUGCUCCUACCGGUGACCUCAGAGGCGUUGUCCUGAGCCACCGGACAAUCAUGCAUCAAAUGGCCUCAUUCAGUGCAGUCAUUGCAUCUGUCCCACCUUCCCCUGACCGCCCAAAAUCUCCUGCUGAAAUCUUGAUGACCUAUCUUGAUCCUAGACAGGGAAUCGGCAUGAUUCUGGGAGUGCUUCUAACUGUAUACGGAGGACAUACCACCGUAUGGUUAGAGUCUCACGCUGUUGAAACUCCUGGUCUAUACGCCAGUUUGAUCACCAAAUUUAGAGCUACUCUUUUGGCUGCAGAUUAUACUGGAUUGAAACGUGCUGUGUACAACUAUCAACAAGACCCCAUGACGACGAGAAAUUUCAAGAAAAACGUUGAACCGAACUUCUCCAGCUUGAAACUCUGUCUUAUAGAUGCAUUGUCGGUUGAUUGUGAGUUCCACGAAAUCUUGGCUGAUAGAUGGUUACGCCCCUUACGAAACCCUCGAGCCCGGGAACUGGUAGCUGCUAUGCUGUGUUUACCAGAGCAUGGCGGAAUGGUGAUAUCUAUUCGGGACUGGCUUGGAGGCGAAGAGCGAAUGGGCUGCCCCCUGACGCAUGAAAUGCACCCCGUAGAGGAAGACAAGGAUAGUAAGACUGAAGAAAAGGAAAAAACUGACGAACCAAAAUCUACUUUUGGAAGCAGCCUGAUUGGUGGAGCUCCUACUGCUUCCCCAAAAACAGAAACCCCAAGGAACGAGCUGAGCGAGGUAUUACUGGACAAAGAAGCAUUGAAGAACAAUGAUGUUGUGGUACUCGCAUUGGGUGAAGAAGCCCGGAAACUCGCAGACACCACUCCAAACUCAGUAAGAGUUGGCGCUUUUGGAUACCCCCUUGCUGAUGCCACUCUUGCUAUCGUCGACCCAGAAACUGGACUUCUUUGCACACCAAAUCUUAUCGGAGAGAUCUGGGUCGAUUCCCCAUCAUUAUCUGGAGGAUUCUGGGCACUACCGAAACACACUGAAACUAUUUUCCAUGCUCGCCCCUUUAGGUUCCAAGAGGGCAGUCCUACUCCAGUAAUCGUGGAACCAGAGUUCUUACGAACGGGCUUACUCGGGUGUAUCAUUGAAGGACAGGUUUUCGUUCUUGGUUUAUACGAGGAUAGAUUGCGCCAAAAGGUAGAAUGGGUGGAGCAUGGAGUUGAAAACACCGAGCAUCGUUAUUACUUCGUUCAGCACUUGAUUCUCAGCAUCAUGAAAAACGUUCCCAAAAUCCACGACUGUUCUGCGUUCGACGUGUUUGUUAAUGACGAGCAUUUACCUGUUAUCCUUUUGGAGUCAUAUGCUGCCUCUACCGCACCUAUUACUUCUGGAGGCCCCCCACGUGUUCUUGAUACCUUACUUCUAGACUCUCUUGCUGAGAGAUGCAUUGAAGUUCUGUAUCAGGAGCAUCAUUUGAGGGUUUACUGUAUCAUGAUCACGGCACCUAAUACCCUCCCUCGAUCGACUAGAAAUGGCCGCCAGGAAAUAGGAAAUAUGUUGUGUCGUAGGGAAUUUGACAAUGGCACCCUACCCUGUGUCCACGUCAAAUUUGGUGUUGAAAGAGCAGUACUCAAUCUGCCUAUCGGCACCGAUCCGGCAGGAGGAAUCUGGUCUCCUUUAUCAUCUGCUGUUCGUCAGGAGGCACUAGCGAUGCAAGAAAAGCAAUAUUCUGGCGUUGAUAUUAGAGAUGUAAUAAUGGAUGACCGGACAUCUACCCCCCUAAACAAUUUUGCCAGCAUUGUUGAUCUACUCCAAUGGCGAGUCAGCAGGCAAGGAGAGGAGCUUUGCUAUUGCUCUAUUGAUGGCCGUGGCCGUGAAGGCAAAGCUAUUACAUGGAAGAAAUUCGAUACCAAAGUCGCGGCUGUGGCAGCAUAUCUAAAGAAUAAAGUCAAGCUUCGACAAGGAGACCAUGUGAUAUUGAUGUAUACCCACUCUGAAGACUUCGUAUAUGCUGUUCACGCCUGUCUCUGCCUUGGUUUAGUUAUAAUACCAAUGGCGCCGAUUGACCAGAACCGACUGUCUGAGGACGCCCCAGCUUUGCUGCAUUUGAUUUCGGACUUUCACGUCAAGGUGAUACUUGUCAACAGUGACGUAAAUGACUUACUCAAACAAAAGGUCGUUGCCCAACAUAUUAAACAGUCUGCAAAUGUUCUCCGGGUCAAUGUGCCUCAGACCUAUAACACCGCAAAACCACCCAAACAAUCUCAUGGAUGCCGACAUCUGGGCUUCACUCUCAGUGAAGCAGUUAUUAAGUCCCAUUUGCCAGCAAUUGUGUGGACUUAUUGGACGCCAGAUCAAAGAAGGUUGUCAGUACAUAUUGGCCAUGACACAAUUAUGGGCAUGUGUAAGGUCCAGAAAGAGACUUGCCAAAUGUCUAGCUCCCGUCCAGUGCUUGGAAGUGUUCGGAGUACUAUGGGUCUCGGGUUCAUCCAUACGUGUCUAAUGGGAAUCUACGUCGGCGCUCCUACUUACCUUGUAUCUCCGGUUGAUUUCGCUGCCAACCCGUCAUCAUUAUUCCAUACUUUGGCUAGGUAUAAGAUUAAAGAUACAUAUGCCACUGGUCAAAUGUUGAAUUAUGCAAUGGGUAGCAUGACCGCAAAGGGGUUCCAACUUCAUGAGCUGAAGAACAUGAUGGUGGCAACUGACUCGAGGCCAAAGGUGGAUGUUUACCAGAAAGUUCGACUGCAUUUUGCGGCUGUCGGUCUCGAUCGAACUGCUAUUAACACUAUUUAUUCACACGUUCUUAACCCGAUGAUAGCUUCGAGGUCCUACAUGUGUAUAGAGCCAAUUGAACUUUGGCUUGAUACACUAUAUCUCAGACAAGGAUACAUAUACCCUGUUGAUCCUGAGACUGCAACCAAUGCCCUCCUUGUCCAAGACUCAGGUAUGGUUCCUGUAAGCACACAGAUUGCCAUCGUGAACCCUGAGACCUGCUGUCUGUCUCACGUUGGGGAAUAUGGAGAGAUUUGGGUUCAAUCUGAGGCGUGUGCGAAGGCCUUCUAUGGAUCUAUGCAAGAGUUUGAUCUAGAGCGGUUCCGAGGACGUAUUGUUGAUGGAGACCCAGAUGCCGUCUAUGUUCGUACAGGUGACCUGGGCUUCUUGCAUACCGUGACAAGGCCAAUUGGGCCAGGCGGACAGCCUGUUGAGAUGCAAGUUCUAUUUGUUCUUGGUGGUAUAGGAGAAACAUUCGAAAUCAACGGCCUUAACCAUUUCCCCGUCGACAUCGAGGUUACUAUCGAAAAUUGCCAUAGAAACAUUGUCAAGGGCGGAAGGUAA